AUGGCUUGCAAGCAUGUGAACGCAGCUGAGCUGCAUCCACCUGGCCCGACACACUCAGUGUACAGAGAGGAUUGCACGCAGUGCUUCGACUCGAUAGAUGAUUCUGCCGGUUUGGAUGUCUGCCUUUACUGCUUCAACGGCGGUUGUACUGGUGACAGGAAGCACUCUCACCUCCACUACGCCCUCAAGAACCACCCCCUAGUCUUGAAUAUCCGACGAACUCGCCGAGUAGUUGUACGCGAUGAACCACCUCAGAAGAUGACAAAGAUCGCAAUCUCGGCGGAGACGGAGGCGGACAGAUACAACUACGAGACAACUGUCAGAUGCUACGAAUGCAACCUUGACAAUGUGGACAAAUUAACGGGCAAGCUGGGCGCGGCAGUAGAGGGAGUGAUGAAAGCAAACACGUUCUCUAGGCAAGAGGAAGUAAAGGCGUGGGAGCAAGUCUACACCUCUUGUGAACACAUUCUCACUCUUCAGCAAGAAGCUCCAAGGCAGAUCCAGUCGCAGGACCUUGGACACUGUUCUCUUUGUGACUUGCAGGAAAACCUUUGGCUAUGUCUGCAAUGUGGUAACCUUGGCUGUGGCCGUGCUCAGUUCGGAGGGCUUCGCGGACAUUCCCAUGGGCUGGAACACAAGAACACCACCGGGCACGCCGUCGCUGUCAAGCUGGGAUCCAUCACGCCCGAGGGGACGGCAGAUGUCUAUUGCUAUACGUGUGAUGAAGAACGCAUAGACAAUGAUCUUGGCAAACAUCUGGCUCACUGGGGAAUCAUCCUCGCGGAACGCCAGAAGACGGAGAAAAGCUUGACCGAGAUGCAGGUGGACGAGAACAUGCGAUAUGAGUUCUCCAUGACUGACGAAGACGGCCAUGAACUUCAAAAGCUGUUUGGAGGGGGUUUCACUGGUCUCAAGAACCUGGGGAACAGCUGCUAUUUGGCCAGUAGCUUGCAGUGUCUAUUCGAUUUGUCUCAGUUCAAGGACCGAUAUUACCUCCCCCAGGCCGAACUACCCGUCAUUGAAGAUCCUGCUCAGGACCUAGAGACCCAGUUGCGCAAACUGGGCGAUGGCUUACUUUCAGGCCGGUACUCUCAUCCAGACCCAGACGUUCGCUUCCCCGAAAACUCGCCCGAGGUUGCCUACCAGAGAGGACUUGCCCCAGCAAUGCUCAAGGUACUGAUCGGAAAAGGGCAUGAAGAGUUUUCGACAAUGCGGCAGCAAGAUGCCUUUGAGCUUCUCCUCCAUGUUUUCAAACUGAUUACCCGCUCUCAACAUAAGGCUCCUCUCCAGGACCCAGUCCGUUCUUUCCGUUUCGUCAUGGAGCAGCGUUUGCAAUGUCUUAGUUGCAAGCGGGUUCGAUAUCGGAGUGAUGAACAGGAUAACAUUUCCAUUCCAGUCCCGCUCAGAAAGAUCACUCAGCCAGCAACUGAAGCUGAAGAGGCUGGUGCCACCCCCAAGGUUGAUGAGUACGAAGCAGUGACCUUGAAAGAGUGCCUGGACAGCUUUACUUCCCAGGAAAUCGUGGAACUAACGUGUUCGGCUUGUGGCAGUAAGGAUGGGUUCUCGAAGCGAUCUCUUUUCCAAACCUUCCCGGACGUGCUAGUGGUGAACGCUCGGCGCUUUGUGAUUGUCAAUUGGGUACCUACUAAGGUCAAUGUUCCCGUCGUUGUUGGUGACGAACCUUUUCUUCUUGAUGCAUAUAAGUCGCCAGGUUAUCAGCCAUCCGAAGAACUUCUACCCGAGGACGCUGUGGAGAGCAAAACGUCAUUUUUGGCCAACGAAGAAGUUGCGCAACAGCUCGAAGGGAUGGGAUUUCCGCGAAACCGUUGCGAGAAAGCUCUCCACGCCACUGGAAAUGCGGAUGCAAACACAGCAAUGGAAUGGCUUUUUGCGCACAUGGAAGAUCCCGAUAUCGAUGCACCCCUCGAUUUUGGUGGUCAAGUUUCGACAAGCACAGCUGAUCCAGAGAAGAUCGAGAUGCUUGGUGCCAUGGGAUUCGGCCCACCACAGGCCCGCAAGGCCCUGAAGGAGACUGGUGGGGACGUGGAACGUGCCGUCGAAUGGCUUUUCAGCCAUCCUGACGAUCAAGGAGAAUUUGAAGAAGAAGAAUCUGCAGGCCCUGUCACAGGUGCUGUCAAGGAAGUUCCAGGAAACCGUGAGCUGCCGGCAAGCUUCCAGCUCCAAUCUAUCAUCUGCCACAAAGGCGCGAGCAUUCACGCUGGACACUAUGUUGCAUUCAUUAGAAAAUCAGUCUCUGGGGAGGAUGCUCCAGCAUGGGUUCUUUACAAUGACGAGAAGGUUGUCAAGGCAUUAGACGUUGAGGAAAUGAAGAAAUUCGCUUAUGUCUACUUUUUCAAGCGGACGUAA